GGCCAGGGCCCCGCCCAUUGGGUGCUGAGAGGGGGCUUGUCCCAGCGCCCAACGAUGACGUGUUCUUCCAGCGCCACGUCGUGAGGAAGUGUCGACCUACUGGAACGGUUGGGAGGCGUACGGCGGAGCCGAGCAGGUUCUGGGUUCAAGCGGUGAAUGAGAGGAGAGCGAGGUGACUGGGCGAGGAGGCAGCUAUGGAAGAGACAAAGGGGACAGUGAAGAGACAAGUGAGGGAAUAAAUAAUUGGGAGACUACUGAGGUAGAAGGUUACCUAGCUGGUGUCACCUUGUUCUGGGUUCAUCUUCUGCCAGGGCAAUAACUAUGUCAUGGAUCAAGGAAGGAGAGCUGUCACUUUGGGAGCGGUUCUGUGCCAACAUCAUAAAGGCAGGCCCGAUGCCCAAACAUAUUGCGUUUAUAAUGGAUGGGAACCGUCGCUAUGCCAAGAAGUGCCAAGUGGAGCGGCAGGAGGGCCACUCACAGGGCUUCAACAAGCUGGCUGAGACUCUGCGCUGGUGUUUGAACCUGGGCGUCCUAGAGGUGACGGUCUACGCGUUCAGCAUUGAGAACUUCAAACGCUCCAAGAGUGAGGUAGACGGGCUCAUGGAUCUGGCCCGGCAGAAGUUCAGCCGCUUGAUGGAAGAACAGGAGAAACUGCAGAAGCAUGGGGUAUGCAUCCGGGUCCUGGGUGAUCUGCAUUUGUUGCCCUUGGAUCUCCAGGAGCUGAUUGCACAAGCUGUGCAGGCCACCAAGAAUUACAACAAGUGUUUCCUGAAUGUCUGCUUUGCAUACACGUCCCGUCACGAGAUCAGCAAUGCUGUGAGAGAGAUGGCCUGGGGAGUGGAGCAAGGCCUGCUGGACCCCAGUGAUGUCUCUGAGUCUCUGCUCGAUAAAUGCCUCUAUACCAACCACUCUCCUCAUCCUGACAUCUUGAUACGAACUUCUGGGGAAGUGAGGCUCAGCGACUUCCUGCUCUGGCAGACCUCCCACUCCUGCCUGGUGUUCCAACCCGUUCUGUGGCCAGAAUACACAUUUUGGAACCUCUGUGAGGCCAUCCUGCAGUUCCAGAUGAACCAUAGCAUGCUUCAGCAGAAGGCCCGAGACAUGUAUGCAGAGGAGCGGAAGAGGCAGCAGCUGGAGAGGGACCAGGCUGCAGUGACAGAGCAGCUGCUGCGAGAGGGGCUCCAGGCCAGUGGGGACGCCCAGCUCCGACGGACACGCUUGCACAAACUCUCAGCCAGACGGGAAGAACGGGUCCAAGGCUUCCUGAAGGCCUUGGAACUCAAGCGGGCUCACUGGCUGGCACGUCUGGGCACCGCAUCAGCCUGAGGGAGGCUGGCCUCCUGUCACUUUGCCCUGCCGUUUGCCUCCGGGGCCCCACUCCUCUUUCUUUUCUUGGUGAAAGGCACCUCCCUCAUGAUGAAUUGUGUUCCCUUUGCUUGGCAGGGGAACCCCAGAGGCCAGGUCUGCUGGCCAUAGAUACCUUUUGGCUGCCUGGGACAGCGGCCCCUAGAGAGGGUUGAGGUGAGAGUCUCCCACAAGUACACUAAACCCAGCUCUGGUCACCAAUAGGUUCAGAGAGCAGGGGGUCCCAGCUCUUCUGCUGCCUGCUCCUUCCACCUUUGCCACCUCUACUUGUGCUCCUAGCUGCACUUUCUUUUUCCACCAGCACAUCCUUCAACACACAGAAUUGAGGGGAAGAGCCCUCCCCAAAACCCUCGCCCUUUACUCAUCUAUCUUAGCCUUCCACCCAACUUUCACAAAAGAUUUGGCUCCACCUUG